AUGGAUGUCUUACCUGCCGGCAGCGACACGUUAGGUGUGAUGAAGCGCAUCCGAUAUGGUAUGGUUCCCGUCUUGGUUUGCCCGAUUAGGCCAGAUACACGACCCGUUGCGUUAGAUUCCGCACAGACAACGGAAGACGACAGGGCGCGGGCUGGUCAUUGGGCCGAAGAUGCGCUGACCAGUAGCCACAGCCAGAUCUGUACCUCUGCGAACAAGACGUGCGUCUAUCCGCCGCAGGAAGUCCCCCUCCGGGACCGACGGAGGGCGAAGGGUCUCCUUCCUGGCGAGAUGCAACCGUGGUCUGUCCCAAAGCAGACACACGUAUCGGGCCAACUGGGUGCUGAUCAAGCUUUGGGGCUUGGCAAGCCGUCUCAAUCCUCCACACUGGCCAUCCCAGUGGGUUUCACCGGACCUUGGUCGGGCGUACCCUCCUCACCGACCGGCCCCUUUGAAGUACUGCCAGUGAAGAUGCCAGCAAGGUCUCAGGAGCUGUACCAAUACUUUGCCAUGCAGUCCAUGCGCCUGUCACUUGGCCUGACCCUCGGCAAGGACAGUCUCCUGGUAUCCUCCCAUAACCCCGCAUCUUUCCGCUGCAUGCUCCUCCUUGCAAGUAUUCACUACUCUUGGAAUAUUGGCCAGCUCGCCCGCUUUCAAUCUACCUAUCUCAUGCACAAGGCAGAGAGUCUCGAGACUGUACGGAGUACCAUUGAUAGCCAGUCGCGACAGGAGUUGCUGGGUAACUUGCAACUAGUAGCAACAUUAAGUCUGGUCGAGGCAUGCAUUGGAAACCUAGCUGUCUCCCAAUUUCAUCUGAGUGGCCUGAUGGCUCUUCGUGAUGUUUGGGCUGGCCAUAAAGAGACACGCGAUGACAGAGCUACAUCGGAACUCGUCGACCGAUACAUUAUCCUAGUAUAUGGUUUCUUGUACGGGAUCAGGUCACGCCUCUCCGAUGUGCCUCUGCCAGAGGCAAAAGCUCUUCAGUUCGGCAAGCUCGGUCCGAGUUACAUAUCUCUUAUGCACUCACGAUACCAUCUUGAAGCGGAUGGACUCAGUAACCGCCUAAUAGCGCUGAGGUUGCUGCCUUCUUUCGUGAACCCUGCGUUGCCGAAGGCCUUCCCGGAGGAUGUUGAUCCAGCUGUGACACUUCCAUCGCUGCGAGAUAUCACAACGCUGUUGGACACGAAGAACAGGUACAUUCAAGGCGUUGAUGAGUACCAGCCCGAAAUGAUGUGGAACGACGGCGGCCCCACCAGGCUGCUUGUCGCCCUUUCAAAGUUGCAUGCUCAGACAUUGGAGGCGCAACCAAAAGGCCAAGGGCGGACACCCAGCCCAGAGCUACAGAAGGACUUACCUGGCGUGUCCUAUUCAGCCCUUAGCGCGGCCAUCGCGCUCUACCUUCAUUCUGUCCUCGGGACGUAUAAUGCGGGCGAGCCCAUGGAUCAGAAGUUCCACCGACACGUUCUGCUGCUCGUGAAGACGGAAAUCGACGCCAAGCAAAGGCAAAUGUGUAGAGACUUCGGCAAGAAAGGUGCAAACUUUUGGUUCUGGCUGGUCAUGACGGCGCGUCGCGGCCUGGACACUAUGGAAGAUCCAGAGGCAAAUAGAGAACUAUGUGGGAAGCUACGGCGCAGUCUAGAAACACAUAUCAGGAACUGGGCUCAUCUUAGUCGUACAAGGCUGUGGGAGGAUGCCUUUGAGGCACUGAACGAUUACGUCUGGCCUGGGACGUCUCCGGACGCAGGGAGGAUGAUAUGGCUGCAUGCUAUGGAGGGCUCCAACACGUGUUUGAACGAAUAG